AUGCCUAAGAAAGGUGGAAAGAAGGGCAAGAAGGGCGGCAACAAGCCCGCCGCCGUCGCUGGUGCUGCCGUCGACAAGGUCGCCGACACCGCGAAGAGCGUGGUCCACCCUCAAGAAAAUGUCGAGGACAAGGCGCACACUGAAUCCCAGCCCGAAACCGCAACUGAGACUUCCGAGACUGUGACCAAGCCCACCGAGACCGUCGAGUCCAAGGCCAAUGAGGCCGAUACCGAAAAGGCUCCCGUCGCGGAAAAGGACACAGUCGACGAGGCCGUAGAGAAGGCGCAGGCCUCCAAGGCCGGUCAGGUCGGCGAAUUGGACGCUGGCGACGCCACCGGUAGUGCCAUCAUCCCCGAAAAGACCACCAAGGAGUCGGCCGUCGUCCCCGAGACCCCCAAGGAGCCCGCUCCUUCCACCGCGACCGGCGCGGCCACCACACUCACUGAGCGCCCCAAGACUUCGGAGUCGACCGCUGCUGCGGCCGCCGCCCCUGCCCCUGAGCCUCUCCCCGCCCCCGAGGUUGCUCCUGCGGCCGCGGAGGCUGAGGCUGAGGCCACCCACAAGCGCCCGUAUGACCAGCCCAUCUUCUCCGACGAGGAGAACUUGAAGCCCCACAAGAUGCCCAAGACCGAGGAGGAGCAGCUUGCAGCUAGCGCCGCUAAGGAUAAGGCGACCAUUGAGAACCUUGCCGGUGCUGGUCCUGCUUCGACUGCUGCGUUGACGACUCCUGAGCCAGUGCCUGCCAAGACCGAGGCUCCCAAGGAGGCCCCCAAGGCCGAGGAGAAGAAGGUAGAGGAGAAGAAGCCCGAGGCUGCUCCCAAGACCACCGCUCCAUCCAGCGGUGCCAAGCCUUCCUCCUCCGACGCGGUCGCUGGUGCAGCUGCGGCCAUGUCCUCCAGCAAGGACAAGUCUGCCGCCCCCGCAACCAAGGAGGCCGAGCUCAAGAAGCCCGAGGCAGCCCUGAAGCGCGGCGAGGAGCCCCAGCCCAAGACCGAGACCCCCAAGGCCGAGCCCAAGACCGAGUCCAAGCCCGAGACCAAGGAGCCCGUCAAGGACGAGGCCAAGGACGAGUCCAAGGCAUCGGAGCCAUCAGAGGGCGAGAAGGAGAAGAAGAAGGAGAAGGGCGGAUUCUUCUCCUGGUUGAAGCGCAAGUUCAAAUGA